UCGAAACCUUACGGUUCAAAGCUAGUAUAAUUCACGCAGUUACACAUAGACAUAUCUUUGGACUGUAGCAUACGGACACACCACCAACCUAUCUCUACAGUUUAUAUUUUCUUCUGCUUCACCUGGCCGGCCAUAGAUCUCUCCCUCUACACCUUUCUCCCUUUAUAUUUCUAGGGUUGCGGCCAUCUCUUCGUUUCCACAUUCAGAUUUGUGGACUAGGGUUUUUUUAAUUUUUUUUAUUUAUUUUUGUUUUUUUUAUAUCGUCUUGAAUUCGAUGUCAAUCUAGCUGCAAAUCCCUAGUUGGAAACCCUAGAUUUGCAUAAUGCAGAGCUCGGUGGUGGCCCAGCCGGAGGCGAUACUGGAAUGGCUGCAGAAGGAAAUGGGGUACCGACCGUUGGGGCCGUACAAUGCGUCGAGCAAGGCGGCGGCGUCGCCGUCGAUCGAUUCUCUGCGAAAGAUUUGCCGGGGGAAUAUGAUACCGGUGUGGAACUUCUUGUUGAAUCGGGUGAAAUCGGAGAAGACGGUGGAGAAGAUUCAGAGAAACAUACACGUUCAUGGUGGAGGCGAAGUUGGGGUGGUGGAGGAGGGGAGGAGUAGGGGGAGGAGGAAGGAGAAGGAGAAGGCGAAAUUGGGGACGGAGAGUCUGAGUUCCGUGGCCGACAGUAGGGAGGUGGCGUUGCAGGAGAGGGAAUUGGCGGAGAAGGAGGUGGAGAGGUUGAGGAAUAUUGUGAGAAGGCAAAGGAAGGAUUUGAGGGCCAGGAUGCUGGAGAUUUCGAGGGAGGAGGCAGAGAGGAAGCGGAUGCUUGAUGAGCGGUCCAAUUACAGGCAUAAGCAGGUGAUGUUGGAGGCAUAUGAUCAACAGUGUGAUGAAGCAGCAAAAAUAUUUUCAGAAUAUCACAAACGUUUGCAAUAUUAUGUUAAUCAAGCAAGGGAUGCUCAGAGGUCUAGUGUGAACUCUUCUGUUGAAGUGGUUAACAACUUCCAUUCAAACAGCGAGAAAGAGGCUGUUUAUUCAACUGUUAAGGGCACUAAAUUGGCAGAUGAUGUCAUUCUUAUUGAAACCACCCGGGAAAGAAAUAUCAGAAGGGCAUGUGAAUCUCUUGCAGCGUAUUUGAUUGAAAGAAUACACAAUUCAUUUCCAGCUUAUGAAGGAAGUGGCAUUCACUCGAAUCCUCAGUUAGAAGCAGCCAAGUUAGGUUUUGAUUUUGAUGGGGACAUACCUGAUGAGGUUAGAACUGUUAUAGUUAAUUGCCUGAAGAAUCCUUCUCAGUUACUUCAGGCAAUUACUGCAUACACUUUAAGGCUGAAAACUCUAAUUACAAGAGAAAUAGAGAAAAUUGAUGUUAGAGCUGAUGCAGAAGCCUUGAGGUACAAAUAUGAGAACAACAGAGUGAUGGAGGCUUCCUCUCCUGAUAUGAGUUCACCGCUUCAAUAUCAACUUUAUAAUAAUGGCAAAAUAGGAAUUGAUGCUCCUUCCAGGGGAACUCAAAAUCAACUUCUUGAAAGACAGAAAGCACAUGUUCAGCAAUUUGUAGCUACUGAAGAUGCACUCAAUAAAGCAGCAGAAGCUAGAAAUUUGUGUCAAAAGCUUAUAAAACGUCUACAAGGAAGCACUGACAUAGUGCCUUCACAUUCGACUGGUGGAGCCACAUCUCACAAUGUGGGUGGUCUCAGGCAAUUUGAGUUGGAGGUAUGGGCAAAGGAAAGAGAGGCGGCUGGAUUGAGAGCAAGUUUGAAUACCUUGAUGUCUGAAGUGCAACGCUUAAAUAAAUUAUGUGCAGAGAGGAAAGAAGCGGAGGACUCUCUCAGAAAGAAGUGGAAAAAGAUUGAAGAAUUUGAUGCCCGCAGAUCUGAACUUGAAGCCAUAUAUAGUGCUUUACUCAAAUCUAACAUGGAUGCUGCAGCAUUCUGGGAUCAGCAGCCAUUAGCUGCGAGGGAGUAUGCAUCGAGCACUAUAAUUCCAGCAUGCACAGCUGUUGUGGACAUGUCCAAUAGUGCAAAGGAUCUUAUAGAUAAUGAAGUGUCUGCUUUUUAUCGAAGUCCUGAUAAUAGCCUCUACAUGCUUCCAUCAACCCCACAGGCACUCUUGGAGUCUAUGGGUGCCAAUGGAUCUACAGGACCUGAAGCAGUGGCCGCAGCAGAAAAAAAUGCUGCUUUGUUAACUGCAAGAGCUGGUGCCAGGGAUCCAUCAGCAAUUCCAUCCAUAUGCCGAGUUUCUGCUGCUCUUCAAUAUCCUGCUGGUUUGGAAGGUUCAGAUGCCGGUUUGGCAUCAGUAUUGGAGUCCCUUGAAUUCUGUUUGAAACUACGUGGUUCCGAGGCUAGCGUGUUGGAGGACUUAGCGAAGGCAAUUAAUUUGGUCCAUAUACGGCAGGAUCUUGUUGAAAGUGGCCAUGCCUUGUUAAACCAUGCUUAUCGUGCACAACAAGAAUAUGAAAGGACAACAAGUUAUUGUUUGAAUUUGGCUGCUGAGCAAGAGAAAACUGUUACUGAGAAAUGGUUGCCUGAUCUUAAGACUGCAGUUUUGAAUGCUCAAAAAAGUCUGGAAGAUUGCAAAUAUGUUAGGGGUUUGCUUGAUGAGUGGUGGGAGCAACCAGCAUCAACCGUUGUUGACUGGGUUACAGUUGAUGGGCAAAAUGUUGCUGCUUGGCAUAAUCACGUGAAGCAGCUGCUUGCGUUUUAUGAUAAGGAGCUUCUGUAAAUAAACUCUGAACUGUGCAAUAUAGGGGUUCUAUACUACCAUUUCCAUGCCAACACUGAAUAUUCUUGGGCUUGAGCCUUGUUUGAACCAAUUUGCCAUCUGCGAUACACCUGGGACGCCAGCCGUGGUAUCUAUUGCAGGUGCCCCUGCAAUUUGAAUGAUGGGUAUCUAGUGAAGAUGUCUUUGCAAUAUUUACUUUUUAAGCAUUGAGGCACAGCCAUGCCAUUCUUUCCUCAUAUCACCUAUUAAUUUUGUACAGAAUAGGUUGUUCUUUCUUAGGAAGGAUCUUUUGUAUAACAGGCCAUCUCUGUAGUUCUUCGAUUGCACUGUGAUUGUUAUAUAGGUUUCUGGGGCUUGAUUAAUGCCAUUGUAAAGGCGGUAUGAUCACUGUUGAGAUUUGUUUGUAGUUGGAUUCGGUUUGUAUGAUUUCUCAUCAACAAAACUACCUUUGUUCUGGUAGUGAA